AUGGAAAGUGGACUUGCCAAACAUGGACCAAAGACACCCGGUGUUCAGCGAGUCACUGUUGACACCCUAUCACGAACCACCCCCGCAUUGCCAAGAGAAAAGACCCGUAGCCAAGAUGAUUGGAGGAGCCAAAAGUGGGAAGUCAAAGAAAUCGUGAAGGAACAAGAAGUUGGCCGAGGAAAACAGUACUUGGUCAAAUGGAAGGGAUGGCUGCAUAGCGAAAAUACUUGGGAACCAUCACGUCACCUUACCCACGCGAAGAAGGUCCUGAGAGAUUGGCAGAGGAAACAAUCCAACCCAGAUACACACAUUCGCCUGCUGCCAACGCUCGAAGCCGGACAUUGGGAUUAUCUCAUCCACCACUACAAACCCAGAGACGAACGCCUUCCAUACCCCCAACAACAACUCUUCGACCCUUACGAGAACGUCUUCAAGCCCAUUGGCCUAGUUGAUGAGGACAUCGACCCUAGAGAGGGGGUAAUGUCAUAA